AUGGCGCUCACAGUGGAGGUGGUGGAGAGGUUAGGAGGGGCUAGGAUAUGGGGGAUUUAGUCUUACCUUCGUCAUCAUCCUGGACAGGGCUUUUUCCUUUCCCACUACCUGCUGCUCUCCCACUUGUCACUACUCUGGGUGUCUCAGUCUUCAUCCCCACAUAUUUGGUGGCCCUCCAUUGAACAGGGUUCCUUGGAGAAUGGGGCUGUGGCCUCUGUGGAGACUCAGAAGACAGACCCUGAGAUCGAACCAAGGUUUAAAGAGGUGGAUUGGGAGAAGGACCUGGUGGACUGGCAGAAGCCCCUACUGUGGCAGGUGGGCCACUUGGGAGAGAAGUACGAUGAGUGGGUCCAUCAGCCAGUGACCAGGCCCAUCCGCCUCUUUCACUCAGACCUCAUUGAGUCCCUCUCCAAGACUGUCUGGUACAGUGUUCCCAUCAUCUGGGUUCCCCUGAUGCUGUACCUCAGCUGGUCCUACUACCGAACCCUCGCCCAAGGCAACGUCCGGCUCUUCACAUCCUUCACCACAGAAUACUCAGUGACCGUGCCGGAGUCCAUGUUCCUGGGCCUCUUCAUGAUAGGGCUGUUCCUGUGGAGCCUCAUUGAGUACCUCAUCCACCGCUUUCUGUUCCACAUGAAGCCCCCGAGCGACAGCUGUUACCUCAUCAUGCUGCACUUCAUCAUGCAUGGUCAACACCACAAGUCUCCCUUCGAUGGCUCCCGCCUGGUCUUCCCCCCGGUGCCAGCAUCUCUGGUGAUUGCCUUCUUCUACGCGCUCUUACGCCUCAUCCUGCCAGAGGCGGUGGGGGGCACUGUGUUCGCCGGGGGCCUCCUGGGCUACGUGCUCUAUGACAUGACUCACUACUACCUGCACUUUGGCUCGCCGCACAAGGGCUCCUUCCUGUACAGCAUGAAGGCCUACCACGUCAAGCAUCACUUUGCACAUCAGAAGUCAGGAUUUGGCAUCAGCACUAAGUUGUGGGAUUACUUUUUUCACACCCUCAUCCCUGAGGAACCUCACCUGAAGACGCAGUGA